CGAUCUCUGCAGUGCAGUAGCCAACCAGCAACCAGCUAGCCAACUUGUCUACUCAGAGAAAUAUGGAUGAAAUAAUGAUACAAGUCAACGGCUGUCAGACUGACCCCCUCUACAUGGGCCCAUAAACAUGUCCACAGAUGACAGUAUCUCUGAGGAUGUGUCCAGCUCGGGGGCUUUAAGCCAUUGCCAUGUCAGUGGUGACGGGGAUGGGGGUAAGGAGAGUGAGACCUCUUUGGUGUCCUCUGAGGGGACAUCAGCCUCUGGGCUGGCUGUCUCAGAGGACAGACACACAGCCUCCCAAACCACAGGAGGCACUGUGGAGAGCAGGCCCAUGGACAUCACACCAGCAUGCAAUAAGAUCAGGAGUCUGUGUCUGAGCACAGAUGAAGCAUUUCAACAAGGGAAGAACCUCCCAUUCAUCAACCCAAGCUCCCUUGAGACCCUUAGGGCUUUGGUGCAGGAGAUCCAGAGCAGUGGAGAGACAGACCCUGAGAUCUGGAAGGAUUGUGAGGGCCGAUGGCUGCAUCUGUUUCAGCUGGUUGAAAAGCAAUACCAAGAGCAAAUACUGGCUCAGCAAGAACAGUACCAGUGCCAAAUACAGUUGAUUCAGGAUGAAAUUAAGGCCCUGGUUCAGCUCCAGAACCGCCAGGCCAGUGUCCAGCCACACACAGAGUUCUCCCCAACUCCAGUGACCAAAACUACUAACACAAAAGACUAUAUUUUCCCCCUCAUCUCCACUGGCUGUGCCGUCCCCAAAAAUGUGCCCAGUGACAAUGACAGCCUGGCAGCCCCUGCCCAUACGCCUUUUAGCUCCCCUUCACCUCCACUCCACAGAUCGGAAACCGCCAACCAGGGGGAGGAGCGGGCGACUACGGUGCUCAGCAGUGGAUACGGGACUCUGUCUGCUUGGGAGACAGGUCUGGAACCUGCUGGGUCUCCAGGGGAAGACGAGGAUGGUAGUCAAGGGAGGGAGAAGCAUCACUGGUCCUCUAACUUCCAGGAAGCCACAGAGACAACUGUGAUUGGGUCCCAGCAGGAUUUUUCUGAUGAGAGGACUCGUGGAGUGGAGGAAAAUCCAUUAGUCUACCAGCAGAGAACCUCUGGCACCAGCCAACCUUUGACCUCCUGGGCCCAGAGGCACAAACUCAGGCCCAGGAAGAGCAAAGCAGGACAAGCUUCGUCCCAAGUCCCAGAGUACCAGGAGCUGCCACGCAGCCCCAGAGAACCCCAGAGACAAAACCUCCUGGAGAGCACAGACUCCCAGGACCAGCAUCGACCGGCUGGGCCAUCGUCCAGCUCUUUUCCCCUGAGGAGGAGCGACAGCCUGAUGUCUGAGGCAUCAGGUCUCACUUACUGGCGUCUGAAUGAGACUGAACUGUAUCGGCCUUUACCCGACAGCUUUGACAGCGGAGCUUACCACCUCCUGCAAGAGGCGUCCAUGAGUCUUACUCCGUCUCAGGAGCGUCAGCUGUCUCUCAGAGAGAUCUAUCAGAACAAACAAAGAACAGACUGUAAACGCUCAGACUGGGAGGGCUCAGUUAUAUCCAGUCCUUCGUCACCACAGGUGUUGACCUUGGACCCAGCAGUGAACAUGCGGCAGUCAGAUCGCACCUCUGGUUUCACUUCACCCUCUCACUUCAGCAGCCCUUCGUUUGCCACCCAGCCCCACCUCUGCCCCCGGGUCGGGACCCCUGUUACCCCUGACAGCAUGGUGGAGUGCAGUCCCAACCCUGGAGAUACAGACUGCAUCUCUGACACCUCCAGUCUUUCAGUUGCCGGACCGUCCCCCUCUAAUGUGCAAAGCCUGUGGGAAAACGUGUCCCAGGCCGUCCUGUCUACCUCCCAGGAUAAGACCCAGCCCUGCUCCCACGCAGCCAGCCAGCAACGCAGAGCCAGUGCCCCGUUAGCCAGCGAGGAAGAGGGCAGUCACACCCACACCAGCACCCUGAAGCCUUGUUCAGCCUCUGGUGCUACUCUGCGGCCUGCAGCCAGUCCACACAUGGACAGAGCUUCAUCACUAGAGGAUCCUGUCGUCCUGUCUUUACUACGGCAGAACCUGAGAGAGAAGCACUCUCGACAUGUGGCUGAUCUGAAAGCAUAUUACGAGUCGGAGAUUCAAACCCUGAGAGACAAACUCAAACUCCGAGAUCUGCCUCAGGAUUUGGAGAAGAGCAACCAGGUCCUCGCAGAGAGGUGCAAGCAUCUGGAAAAAGCUCUGGCUGAGGCCACCGGUCGCAUUCAAGAGUUGGAGGCAACAAACAGCUCGCUGGAGAAGAAGCUGGCAGAAUGGCCGGAGCGGUACGCUGUCGCGGGUGCUACCGUGAAAUCGUUGCAGCAGCGGCUGGAAGAGAGCAAACGCUCGGGCAAAGAGAAGGACGCCCUGACGGCACGUCUGAAGACCCGCGUACGGCAGCUGGAGGAGGCGGCGCAGAAAGCCUGCAGGGAGGCUGACGAGAAGGAGGCCAGGAGGGAGAGAGAGUACAAGAUGCUUCAGGAUCUGCUCGGAGAAUACGACUCUCUGAUGAAGGAGCAUGAAGGAGCAAAGAACAACCUGCUGUCAGCUGAGAGUAAGCUUGUUGAUGCCAGCGAUCAAAUUUCUGAACUGAAGAGGGUAAUCUCCAAACUGGAGUCUCAGGUGAAGCAGCUGGAGCAUGAGAACCAGGCCAGGGCCCGUUUUGCUUCCCACAGUAACGCACAACCUUCUGGGGCUGGUCUUUUCCACCAUCCUGACCUGCUGCUGUCACCCAGUAAAAGCAAGGUAGAGCCGGACGUCUCCCGCAGGAAGUCACCUGGUCCUGUAUCUGAGCAGCUGAGCAGCAGCAGAAAAUCCCCGUUCCCUCAAACCAACCAAUCAAGUAUCCACAUGAAGUCACUGUACACGUUACAUGACCAGUCAUCAGGACCUGGGAGCUCUGUGGACACGUCCUCGGCCGGCGGGAGCUGGAGGUGUGCGUCUCCUCCAGAGUGUGAACAGUCUCUGCCUCUGACCCGGCACCAGGAGCAGGGCCAGCGGGAGACCGGCCGGAGGGAGGCACCCUGUGCCCUGACGCCCAUGAUGAGGGCCCUGAUAGAGCUGGAGGAGACCAGAGCCACAGAGAGUCGGGCCCCCUGUAAGAACAGCUCCACCACCCACAGGGUCGGCAGUCAGAGGACCACAGUGGGUUUUGUGGAGCGGAGACACAAAGAGCAGAUUCAGGAUCGAGUCGGGCUUCAGGCCGACAGGGAGGCAGUUAAACCUGCGGGAGCUGUGGUCGCAGCCGAGCGAGGAGGAGGAGGAGGAGCAGGAGCAGGAGGAGCAAAAGGCUGCAGUGGAGCUGCAGCUCUGCUGAGGGCUCAGAGGAGUCUGUCUCCAGAGGGCCACAGAUCCUCCUCCCUGCCUCCUCCAGCACAACGAAGCAUCCCCACAGCUACACCCACAAAGAGAGAAACUUUACUCAUGCCCCUUUCUGCCAAGUCCAGCCCCAAACGCUGUCCCACUGAGAACUACUCCACUGCUUUUGGUCACUCGAUGCCGAGAGAGGAACACCUGCUCAAAAGGUUUGAUGAACAAGUCGAUCAGAGGCGCCAUUCAUUCCACAGCAGCAGCCCCAGGAAGAGACUCCAGUUCACGUCAGCAGACAGAGAAGAAGACCUUCACCAGCCCGACUCCUCUGGAAACCUGAACCCUCCUGAUGGAAGCUCCCAGCUGGGCUGGGAGGAGCAGGGAGCCUGUAGUGGAUCGGACCUGCAGGACUCCUGUGAGGACUCGGGUCCUCUUCUCAUGGACAAACUCCACUCGCUGGCUGAGGCUGAGAGACUGUUUGACGAGCUGACACAGGAGAAACUGCAGAUUGAGGCAGCUUUGAGCCGGAUGCCUGGAGCAGGUGGCAGAGUGAGUCUGCAGACCAGGUUAGAUGAGGUGGCCUUAGAGAAUCGUCUGGAGAGGCUGAAUCGCGAGCUGGGAUCCAUCCGCAUGACUCUGAAGAGAUUCCACGUCCUCCGCUCCUCUGCCAACAUAUAGCAAUGUCUGUCUCUUUACAUCACAGUGUAGAUGCUACAACUUAGUGUCUUGGUUUUAUACACAGCACUGAUUGUCCUUCAGUCUCUUUCUGUGCCAUGAACCCAUCUGUACAGUAACAGCAUCUUUUUUAUACCUAUUCAUUAUUACUCGGGGAUAUUUUUUAUGUCGGAGAGAUAUUGCAAUUUUUGGAGUAUAUUUUUAGUAAUACACAGAUUUGUAAAGUCGUUUACUUUUUUAGUCACACAAAUAUUAAUAUGAUGUUUUUCUUGCCAUAUUCAGGUGUAGAUUUUUAAAUCAGCUGUUUCAGUGUAAAUGUGAGCGGUUUAAAAGACUUUCCAGCAGAGACAUUCGUCCACUUUGGAAACAUCACUGCCAUUUUUGUUCUUGUGUUGAUGGAAAUUUUUUUAAUGUUCUUCCAUUUGACAUGGCAUAAAAUGUAUUUAUUUAAUGUUUUUAUACUGAAGAGAUUUUGAUUUUGGUGCAUUUUAAAUGUUUUUGUUUUUGUUUUGGGCCAAAUUCUCGAACUUGAAGGAAAUUUUUGUUUACUUGAACAAGUCGCCUUUUUUCUUUGUUUACUUUCCAUCGCUGCUCGUCACUUUCUUUGCUUCAUGUUUUAAGUUUGCUACAGGACGGGACCUUUGGGAUUAGAGCCACUUGUAAAAUCCAAACCAGCACACUUACAGAAACACACACACACACACGUUUUCACAGAGUCAGAUCCUGUCGAUGCUUGUGCAUGAGUUUCUUCUGCACUGCUUCUUUUUGCCAUGCAGUUUUCCUACAAUGACGUGGACUCCACUGGAACUAUGAUUUAGUUGUUGCACAGUAAACGAAGCUUUUUCUAUAAUAACUCUGCUGUUGCUCCUUUAUUCUUCCUUUCAUGACACACACUGGUUCCUUCUUCCUGGUUGGU